UGCUCUUGCUUGAAUCUUGCAUAUUCUGCUAGUUCUUGUGUCAGCAUACCUGAUGAUCUUCUUGAUUUUUGAUUUUGUUCAUAUGGACACCUCUUUAGGAGGGGUGACGAUUAUCAGAAGAUACCUAUAUGAGGCUAAGCAGAUUGUAGCCUCCAUGAGCUACGAGAAUUUACAAGGCAUCCAUGCACUUGUUCAUUCAUUCAUGAUUCAUAUAUUUAUUGGAUGCUUAUCCAUCUUUGAAAGAGUUUAAAAUUUUGUUGUAAUUGUCUUUAAAUCUAUGCCAUUUUUUGUCAACUUGUCUUGUGAUGGGUUCGAAGCGUAACCCCACAACUGUUUCUUUUGUGGCUUUGGCAGGAUUUAUUUUUAUUCCUUGUGCUUCCCAUACCACCCCAGCCUCUAGUAGCUCAUUUCAUGGUAAACCUUGUUAAGUAGCUAGUGUCCUGCUGUUAUGUGUAGUUGUGAUUUGAUAUCAGAGUGGCGCAGCAGAAGUGUAAUAGGCCGUGUUUUGUUCCUAGAAAGUGAUGAGGCAAUUGUUUUGUCUCGGAUUGUGUGAAGCCACUCACCAGUUGAUAUGGUCCUCAAUUUGAGUUUUGGGGACAAAACUCCUUUUUAGGAGGGGUGAGUGUAAUAUCCCAAAUUUUUGGGAAUAUUUAAGUGUAAGUUAGGGACUUGAUUGUGAGAAAAUAUUGUUUUGGGCCUAAUAGCCAACAUUCCCAAACUCGAGGAACUUAAAAGAGGAGAAUUUGGAUAAGGAUGGCUUAUUUCUUU